GUUGUGCAUUAAUGAUUAAGAAAUCAAUUCCAAAUGACCCAAAAUAAUGUAUACAUCAGUGAUGUGGAAGAUGCCACUUCGGAGACAACUGUGGAUAGUGAAGACGAAUAUGUCGGUUCAAGUGUAGCUGCACAAAGUCAAUAUCAAAACCACUUGAAUGAUUCUCGAAUUACUGCUAAUAAUAUCAAUGUACCGGCAAUUAAUGUGCCUGACAAGUCACCAAUUUCGCAUAUAUCAAGCGUUGCUUUACAAAACUCGACUGACAUAACAUUCGGCAACAAAACCUUGUAUAAUGGACCAAUUACGGUCAAUCAGUAUGGAAUUGCAGACCCAUGCAGAACGAGUGAUCUGAGUAAUAAAUCGUUACUAUUUUUGAACCGAUGGAAAAUACUAUUGAUCAGUGCCAUUAUUGUGAUCAUAAUAAUACCAAUUGCUACAAUACUCACCUUACACUUUAAAAACGGAGAAACAGACACUUAUGAAAUAGACGACUCGCCAUUAACUUUGGUUACUCGGGAAAAGUGGCUAGCUAAACCACCCACAGGAGACAUAGACGAUCUGAUGACACCAGUCCCUCUAGUAGUAAUACAACAUACAGUUCAGUCGACUUGCGACACAAAGGAGACAUGUGCACUGCUUGUCCGACAAAUACAAACUCAACAUAUGAAUAGUCCAUUAAUUGGAGAUGAUAUAGGCUAUAACUUCCUUGUUGGUGGUGAUGGGGCUGCAUAUGAGGGUCGUGGCUGGAACGAAGUUGGUGCUCAUACAAAAGGCUACAACAGCAGAAGCAUUGGAGUCGCAUUCAUUGGAGACUUUACAAAGGAAAAACCACCAAAGCAGCAGGUCAUUGCACUAUUGAAACUGCUUCGCGAUGGUGUGGAGGAGAGGAAAAUUUCAGAAAAUUAUACGUUGAUUGGCGCUAAUCAAGUGCAGCAAACGGAAAGUCCAGGGAUACAUUUGUUUAAAAUUUUAACAAGAUUAGAGCAUUGGUCGGAUCAAAUUUAAUGAAUAUAUGACGGAGUAAUUCCGGGAAUUUG